UGCCCUUUUCCAAAAUUCAAAUUUUUAUUCUGAAUUCUCUACUCGAUCAUCCGUCCCCACCCCACAACAGCUCCACCCCACCGCCCAACGGGGUGUCAUCCGAAGGUAACUACUUGGACUAACGUGGUGGCGCUAUAGAUUUUUCGUGCAAGCAAGAUGAGACCCGGAAGGACAUAAACGUCAAUUUGGAGUCAGCUCGUCUCUAGAAGAGCUCCGAGCGCAGACAGUGGGAAGAGAUCAGAGUUGAUAUAAAUCGUGGGGUUGGUGCGGUGGAGAUCAAAGAAGAGAAAAAAAAAAAAAGAGAGAAAAGAAGAGAGAGUUCUCUGAAUGCUUGCAUCUACCAGCCUUGCUUCAAAGAAAGAAGAGAACUUUAUCCGAGCUGGUUGAUACUUGGCCUUUUGUGGUGAUUGGAUUUUAGAUUUUUGCUCUUCUUUUGUUUGGAUUUUAGGAGGGGGGAGUGACCGACUGACAGAAGGGGAGGAGGGGGCCAUGAUGUUGGGUCUGGUGCCGUUACUCUUUGUGGAACUCUCCUUGUAGGACACCUGGAGUGUGGAGUUUCAACAUGGAUUUCCUCAACUUGGAAAAGAUUCCUUUCAGCAGUUGUUCAUGUGGUCUCCCUACACCCCCUUCCCCACUGCUGGAAAAGAUGCUCAUUGUCUGUGGUUUCAAUGCAUCUCCUCCCCUCACCUCUAGAUGCUGUCUUUGCUUUUGUAGGUGAUGUGAUCAUCGAAAUCAGGCUUAGAUUGGAGGAAUGUGGAUUCUAAGGUUUGUGACUUGAUUCUCACAGCACCAGAUCUUCAAGACCGCAGAUAAAGGGGAAACAAAAAAGAAAUACUGGGAUACAACUGAGCUGAGAGGAAACUAUUAACAAAUUCGCAUCAGGGCGGGGCGUCAGCUUAGUGCUUGUGGGUGUCCAUGCUCUUCCUAAUUGUUUACUAAUCUAGAGGUCCUGUUGUUCCUGUCACCUUUCCUUGAUCCACUGGUCUCCGGACUCCGUGGGUGCUGCCACGGCCCGGGGAAACACUAAACUCUCUCUGUUAGAGCGCAUCUUCAGGCCCCUUGCUCAUUUCAGUAGGAGGAAGUCUGUGAUGCCUCAUAGAUCUUAGACCCAACUGUUCUUCUUUUAGGACAAAUCUGUUUGCUUACACUCACCUCUUUCCCUUUCAAGCUUGGCUCGCGAAAAUAUUCGAUCUUUUUGCUGAUACAAAAGGUUCAACGACCCCACCUUCAAAGCUUCUCUCCCCCACGUGGAUUUUCUUUGUUUCUGUUGCUAUAGAUUGCCGGGCAUGUGGGGCAGUUGUGUAGCUAUGCAUAUGAUGAACUAGGGAUGGGGGGAUGAGGCGUAAGGUUUCUGGUAGUGAAGAAGAGGUGACCUUCUUGUUUUUGGCACAAUGAAGUAUAUGAAGCUUGGAUCGAAGCCUGAUGUUUUUCAGACAGAAGGGAACAAUAUCAGGUUUGUGGCAACUGAGUUGGCUACUGACAUCAUUGUUAAUGUAGGAGAUGUGAAGUUUUAUCUACACAAGUUUCCACUCCUAUCCAAGAGUUCUCGCAUGCAAAAGUUGGUGGCAGUUGCAAAUGAGGAAAACAAUGAUGAGAUUGAUCUUCCAGACAUACCAGGGGGCCCUGCAGCCUUUGAAAUAUGUGCUAAAUUUUGCUAUGGCAUGAUUGUCACCCUCAAUGCAUACAAUGUAGUUGCAGCUCGCUGUGCAGCAGAGUAUCUUGAAAUGCACGAAAACAUUGAAAAAGGGAAUCUCAUCUACAAAAUUGAAGUCUUCUUAAAUUCUAGCAUUUUCCGCAGUUGGAAGGACUCGAUCAUAGUUCUUCAGACCACAAAAUUGCUGCUACCUUUGUCUGAGGACUUGAAGGUGGUCAGCCACUGCAUUGACUCUAUUGCUUUCAAGGCCUCCAUUGAUCCUUCUGAGGUUGAAUGGUCUUACACCUACAACAGAAAGAAACUUCCAUCUGAAAAUGGCCUGGAUCCACAUUGGAAUGGGGUCAGGAAGCAACAGACUGUGCCCAAGGACUGGUGGGUUGAGGACCUUUGUGAGCUCGACAUGGAUUUCUACAAGCGGGUUAUAAUUGCCAUCAAGAAUAAGGGGAGAAUGUCUGGUGAAGUUAUUGGAGAAGCUUUAAAGGCUUAUGCAUAUAGAAGGCUUUCAGGUUUCAGCAAAUGUACUGUGACCCAUGGAAGUGAUGUUCUCAAAAACCAGGCAAUUCUUGAGACAAUUGUGUGGCUCUUGCCAGCAGAGGCAGGUUCAGUUUCAUGCAGUUUCCUUCUCAAGCUACUGAGAGCUGCAUGCUUGCUAGACUCUGAAGAAAUGAGCAAGAAACAGUUGAUUAAGCGAAUAGGCUGCCAGUUGGAAGAAGCUACUGUAUCUGAUCUUUUAAUUCCUGCUGCAGCAGGGGAAUCCACUAUCUAUGACAUCGACAUGGUUUUAAGUAUAGUGGAGGAGUUUAUCAUGCAAGACAAUAGCAAUGCUCGAACAAGCCCACAGGCUACUGGGGAACUUCUGGAGGUUAGGAGUCCAGCUUUUGUUUCUGGUAAUUCAAAGCUUGCUGUUGCAAAGCUAGUUGAUGGGUACCUUGCUGAAAUUGCAAAAGACCCUAAUUUACCUCUUUCAAAGCUUAUUGAACUUGCUGAAAUGGUAUCAGUUGCUUCUAGGCCAGUGCAUGAUGGACUUUAUCGUGCUAUUGACAUGUACUUGAAGGAACACCCGGGUCUGACAAAGAGCGAGAAAAAGAAAAUAUGUGGUCUAAUGGACUGCAAGAAGCUGUCAGUGGAUGCGUGCAUGCAUGCUGUGCAGAAUGAUCGCCUUCCUCUCCGUGUUGUGGUUCAAGUGCUCUUUUUUGAACAGUUGAGGGCCUCUGCGGCUGCUACUCCUGGCAAUGGAGCUGACAUUCCACAAAGUGCUAGAUUGCUACUACCUCGGGAGAAUGACACUUCUUAUGCUAGCUCAAGAUCAGCUGCCAUGACCAAUGCCGAGGAUGACUGGGAUGGUGCAGUUGGAGAUGUCAGUUCUCUGAAGUCCAUGAGUUUGGUAGGUAGAGGUGGAGGGAGUGAAAGGAGCAGCGGCAGCAACGAAGUUAACAAGAAUGGUGAUGAGAAGGGCAAUGGCAAAGUGAAGGGAAUGCUGAUGCCCAAGAGGAUACUAAACAAGCUCUGGUCCAGCAAGGGUCAAGGUGGGGAGAAUAGCAAUUCUGACACAUCCGACAGCCCGGGUUCUACUAACGUGGAGGAGUCUAAGUCUACACCUUCAAGGAACACGAGGCGAUCAGUUUCGUAAUGGGAAAGCUGUGGGCAUUGGUGUUUUUGAUCUAUUGUUUCAUCUGACAUUAGAAAUGAUUUUAGAACAGGAACAGCUCACACAAGAACCCAGUGAGCUUGAGUUCACAGAAGGUUAUUUUGCUGGCUGGGUUCAAGGUCCUGGUUGCCAAUAGCAUGCUAAGAAGCAUUUUCAGUUGGGGGAUUGUGUAUGAAUGAUGACCCAGUUUUGUUUGCCUGUAUCAUAAAGAUAGAAUAGCUAUGUUUUGUUGCAGUAAAGUCUAUAUGAGAUAGUUUGAUGAGAGUUUGUCGUCAUUUAGGUGAUCUCUCUCUGAAAACUGGAUUCCAUUUGAA